AUGCAUCCUCAAAAGAUGUUUUCAUCCAAGUUGGAGGGCAGUUUUGACUCUGCCUCAGAGGCUAAUGCAUUGUCGUCCCAGCAACACGACAAUAAUGAUGUAGAGUUUCAUGGUAGGAUUGAGUUUAGAGGCGAUGCGGGCCUCUCUCAGCGCUCACAAAUGGUGGUGAAAUUAGGGUCGACAGACAAACAUGCGGUUUCCGCUACCCUCGAUACCUAG